UGCUACACAAGCAGGCUAGCUCAUGUCCGGCUUUCUUGCACAAUUCACGUUGAAAACUUGUUAGGGUUUUUUCUAUUCUGCGAUGGAUGCUUCGAGGCUUCUCAAGGAGAAGAAGUUCUGGAUUGCUUCCUUCAUAGUUGUUUGGGCUGCAGCUCUUCAGGGCCAUAUGAUGUGGAUGCAGAAGCAAGAUGCUUUCAAACAUAAAUUUGGUGAUCUGAGCGGAAACAAAGAGGAGGAGGAUUUGAGCGCUUCCUAAUCGGAGGUGAUUGCCCUUGAAACUUGAAAAAGAAUCGAUCUUGUAAAGGGAAAGGGUGCAAUCUUUUUUUAAUUCUGCUGGCGGAUUUAGUUCUCUCUAUCGAAGUUUCUGAAGUUGGUACAUUAUAAAUGUGAUUAUUUUUUAUAUUUAUAUUUCGCAAGUUGGAUUAUAAGAUCAACAAGAACAAAAAUAUUCGGUUCUGAUAAUAAAUUGAUGAACUGCAA